AUGACGCGCCGCAAGUUCAACAGCGACCUUGCAGACGCCUCUCACCAGGCCGCAUCGCUCGCCCACAUCUCCAACAUCACAAAGGGAGAUGACGACGGACAGAUCGUCUUUGAGAUCUCGCAUGAGGCUCUGUUGUCGACAUCUUUGGUAGUCCGUCUUGUUGCUUUGAGCAUCGACGACUACCCAAACUGCUCAGGCUUCUUGGCUUACACCGAUGACGAUGCUACUCCUCGAGUCAUCUCCAGCCUUCUCGAUGACCUGCCCGACAUUACUCAAACCAAAUCGAUUCUGGAGACUCUGACUUUGCUGUCGAAAAAGUUCAGCGCCGCUCUUGCUUCCGAGGGAAACAACUCUGACGAGGAAAUGACGGACAUCGAUCAGGUUGACGACCUCGGCGAAUCGCAGGACGAUGACCAGGACGAUUAUUAUUACGACGACGACAUGGACUUUGGUCUGGAUGCCGCUCCUGCCACCCUGCAGCAAAUUCCCAACGCAUCAGGAAAGCCUAUCGAAGUCACCGGUCGCUUCAUCGACGACCUUCGCCGAGCCAAGGAAGCCGGCUUCAAAAUUGCGUUACUGACCGACGCCCACCAGAUGGGUUGCGUCUUCGCACUGUCCCUCCCCGUCGCCCAUCUCGGCCUUCCUGACGACACCCUCGAGGCUUGGGAGAUCGCGCCCUCGGAUUACGUCGUUCUGCUUUGCAGGUUUGACUCAAGCUACCCUUCUGUGGAGACGUUCUUGAACCUUGGUCCUGGCCACUCCUCCACGAUGCAGUUCAUCUUCGGGAAGUGCACCAAGUACAAGCCUACGUUGAGCUCGGCUCUGACUGCUUUUAACCCCAAGUUCAAUCGUGUCAACAUCGAGAUCAACGAAUCGACAGAGGACGCCGCCUUCAUGCAAAUGCCCAUUACCAACUCAAUCGCCACCUUCAUGAACACGGAGCUCGCACUCCUUCUCAAGUACCGCCUGCAUUACAAUGUGUCAUGGGACAAAGCCAAGGAACUGCUGCAGGAGCAGGCCAAAGCCGGUCAUCUGCGCAUGGAUGAGGGCAUAUUCGCUCACGGCAGCACCGACCCUGCCAUCGACGAACUUCAAGUAUCUAGCACUGCCCGCCCUCUUCUCAACCAGGACUUCGUGCGCAGCAACCCUAACGUUGCAGGUCCGCUGCCUAAGGAACAGCUCAGCAUGCCCUUGAUCGCCAUGCAAUUUGCGCUCCGGUACUUCGUCAAAAGCACGCAUUACUGUCUGGUCUGCCACCGCAAGCUGAACACUGACUUCACGGCAAUCAAGCCAUAUGUCUGUUCCGAGCCACUAUGUCUGUUCCAGUAUAUGGCUCUGGGUCUUGGCCCGAGCAUUGAACACGACAUCAUUGCUCGACCCUGCGUUGUCGACCUUCUCGUCAGCUUCUGUGCUGCUGGCCUGCAUGCCAAUCGGAUUCGAGAGUGGCCACAAGGCCUGGCCAUCAAAGUGCCACUUUUCACUCUGGAUCCAGUUGCUCUCCUCAAUACCGAGGUUUACAAUCGUCCCAGAAACCAGGCAGCCCAGGCCGCCCAGGCCGCCCAGGCAGCGACACCUCCAACUGAGACAACCAUCAAUUCCCCUAUCUACGUCCGAGCAUCGAUCUCAAGCGGCAGAUUGUUUCUGGACAACACUCAGGAGCAGCAGUUCAAAGUUGGAGAUAUUGUCGCCAUUGUCAAACAGGUCACUGUUCCCCCGAACAACGAGAAACUCGAUCUACACCAUUGCCGUAUCACGAGCAUCGAAACCGUUCGCAAUUCCAGCGAUAACAUCAACGGCAGAAUCGUGAAGUUUGACUGCAUGGUUUCCACUCAGAAAAACCCGAUGGUCAGCAAUGCGACGCGAGUCUAUGGUGCCCCUGAACUCUCUGAUCCGAAAGCCGCAGGCGACGUCGGUGCCGCGAUUGUGGACGACGAAGGCGAGGCGGAGUUGUACGCCUACGAGCACGACCUCGAUGACCUGGCUCCAGUUUAUCAAAGGGAGGCUCUCAUGACUCUUGUCCAAACGAUCCCGCCCAUAAGGGUUUUGCGUGAACACCUCCUCGACCGCAAAGGCCUACCUCUGAUGAACUGCGACAAGAUUACGAAAUCCGCUCUUGCGCUUCUGCGUUGGAUCGUGGCCUCUAACCGCUCCUUCAUUGUUCAGCUUGACAAGAGCGACGACUGUGGUAUGAGCGAGGCAGAGGAUGUUCCGAGCAAAGAACAUGAGAAGAUCGAGGGCUUGGGCGACCACUGGAUGCAGUUUCGUUUCGCUCAGGGGUCUCCGGAGAAAGAGCACAGCUUCAACCAAGCGCUAGCGCAACAAGCAUCGCAGAACUACCCGACAAUCUUUGCAUGGCAUGGCAGCCCGCUCGGAAAUUGGCACAGCAUCAUCAGGUCUGGCCUAGACUUCAAGGACACGCUCCAUGGCCGCGCUUACGGACAUGGCGUUUACUUCAGUAAUCAGUUCGGCAUCAGUCAGACCUAUGGCGGCUUCGGAAACUCGGGCGGUUCAUGGAUUGGAUCAGAGUUGAAGCUGUCUGCUGCUCUUAGUCUCUGUGAGAUUAUUAACAGAACGGCCGAGUUCAAAUCCUCGGCUCCGUACUACGUGGUUGACAAGGUCGACUGGAUUCAAUGUCGAUAUCUCGUUGUCCAGAGGCAUUCAUCUCCUAAGGCGCCCAGCCCCACCGCUCCUGGUGCCAAACCAAAGACGGCCAAACAAUACAUCACUCAAGACCCGCGUUACAGAAUCAAGGGGGAAAACAACAGCGACGUUGAGGUCCCAACGGCUUCUCUUCCAAACUCGCGCCAGCAAAAGACAUCUCCGGGCUCAUCAUCUGGUAACCCGCUUGUCGUCGAAGACCAUGAAGGUCAGGCUGCUGAUGAAGAGGCGGACGACUUUGACAUUCUCUUGAGCAAGAAUGCAGGCAACGGUGACGGCGUGAGCGCCGACGAUGAUGACAACGACACGGUUAUUCUCGACUCUGACCCCGACAAGUUGGGCUUCACACCUGGCACCCUGGACGUGGCUUCACUUCCCCGACUUCCAGCCCCCGUCUGGGCCUCCGACCACGGACGAAAAGUGCUGGGCAAAGAGCUUGCCAAGUUGCAGAAGCUCCAGGCCAAGACGCCUCUUCACGAGCUUGGCUGGUACAUGGACUUUGAAAACAUCAACAACAUGUUCCAAUGGACUCUCGAACUCCAUAGCUUCGAGCUAUCCCUUCCACUCGCGAAAGACAUGGAGCGCAACAAGGUCUCCAGCAUCGUUCUUGAGGUUCGCUUCGGUCAACAAUUUCCGCUCUCCCCGCCUUUCGUUCGCGUCAUUCGCCCCAGGUUCUUGCCGUUCUCCCAGAGGGGCGGUGGUCACGUCACGGCUGGCGGCGCUUUGUGCAUGGAGCUUCUCACCAACAGCGGUUGGAGCCCUGUCAGUAGCAUGGAGAGUGUACUGCUUCAAGUGCGCAUGGCGAUGUGCAGUCUUGAACCUUACCCUGCGCGUCUGGAAGGCCGAUCCGGUGGUGACUAUGGAAUUGGAGAGGCUAUUGACGCGUACAAGCGGGCCGCUCAGGCUCAUGGCUGGAAAGUUCCCCCUGAUUUGGACAUGACGGCCAACGGUCUUUGA